AUGAAAAACUACACAAUACCUAAAGAAUUCAUUCUUCUAGGGCUAUCUGAUGACCCAGAGCUCCAGACUGUGAUUUUUCUCUUUUUAAUUAUCACAUAUAUAUUAAGUGUCACUGGAAAUUUGACCAUCAUCACUCUCACCUUGGUGGAUUCCCAUCUACAGACCCCUAUGUAUUUCUUCCUCAGGAACUUCUCUGUAUUAGAAAUAUCCUUUACAACUGUCUGUAUUCCUAGGUUUCUGGGCACAAUUAUCACCAGAGACAAAUCUAUUUCAUACAAUAAUUGUACAGCUCAGUUGUUUUUCCUCAUCUUCAUGGGUAUAACUGAGUUUUAUCUUCUCACUGCCAUGUCCUAUGAUCGCUAUGUAGCCAUCUGUAAACCCCUACAUUAUACAACCAUCAUGAACAAAAGAGUCUGCAUUUUACUUGUCUUCUGUGCUUGGCUGGCAGGAUUCUUAAAUAUCUUCCCACCAGUUAUUCUUUUUCUCCAGUUAGAUUACUGUGGCUCCAAUGUCAUCGAUCACUUUGCUUGUGACUAUUUUCCCCUCUUGCAGUUAUCUUGCUCAGACACAUGGCUCCUAGAAGUGAUUGGCUUUUACUCUGCAAUAGUCAUACUGCUUUUCACUUUGGCAUUAAUAAUUCUAUCCUACAUGUUCAUCAUGAGAACAAUUCUGAAACUGCCUUCCGCCAGUCAGAGAAAAAAGGCAUUUUCUACGUGUUCCUCUCACAUGAUUGUCAUUUCCAUCUCUUAUGGAAGCUGCAUAUUCAUGUAUGCCAACCCUUCCGCAAAACAGAAGGCAUCACUGACCAAAGGAGUAGCUAUUCUGAAUACCUCUGUGGCUCCUAUGAUGAAUCCAUUUAUAUAUACCCUGAGGAACCAGCAAGUAAAGCAAGCCUUUAAGGAUACUGUCCAAAAGGUUAUGUUUUUCUCCAGUAAUUGA